GCCACAACUGUCACUUUUAGCAACAAAAGUCAUGACAUGACAACUUCGUUCAUCGCGAUUGUUUCGGUAUUCCUACAUUUAUUAAAACGAUACGAUUUCUAAUGGCUGUUCCGGAAUAUAAACUUAGUGCCGUGUUAUGUGGGCACUCGAUGGAUGUGCGAUGUGUAGCUACAACGAAAGAGUACUGCAUAUUAUCCGCGUCUCGAGAUCGUACCGCUAAGCUGUGGCAUCCGGAAGGAGUGAAAGAUUUUGUCAAUGUGGUUACAUAUAAAGGCCACAAGAACUUUGUCUCGUGUGUCUGUUGGCUGCCUCCCUGUGAGUCGUUCCCUGAGGGUCUUGUUAUAACGGGGAGUAACGAUAAUACAAUACUGGGAUACAAUCUGCAAGAUGCUAAGAUUCAAAUUACUUUGGAGGGUCACGAGAAUGUGGUGUGUUGGGUCACUCCUGGAAGAGAUUCUGGGAUUCUCAUAAGUACAAGUUGGGACAACACAGCUAAAAUAUGGAAUGUCAACUCACCACAGUCCGCCCCUCUCACUUUGAAGGGCCACCAGGCUGCCGUGUGGUGUGUAGUGGAACUUGGCAACGGAACAUAUGCUACUGCAUCAGCUGACAAAACUAUCAAGAUUUGGAGAAAGGAUGGAGGCUUGAUCACUUCUCUUGCAGGUCAUACUGACUGUGUGCGAGGACUGGCUGUAGCAAGUCCAGAAUCAUUCCUGAGUUGUUCUAAUGAUGCUUCCAUCAAGCUAUGGACCAACAAAGGAGAGUGCCUUAACACAUACUAUGGACAUUCAAAUUAUAUUUACAGUAUCAGCACGAACCCAGGCGUGCGGGACGGGUUCGCGUCGUGCGGCGAGGACGGCAGCGUGCGCGUGUGGGCCGCCGGACACUGCAUCAUGCAGGCGCGCCUGCCCGUGCACUCCGUGUGGAGCGUCGUCUGCCUCGACAACGGGGACAUUGUCACCGGAUCAAGUGACGGCAUCGUCCGCGUGUUCACCAAGGACCCCGCGCGGUACGCGGACGAGGUGACGUUGAAGGCCUUCGACGACGAGGUGGAGAAGAUGCAGUCCGCUGCCGAACAGGAGAUCGGAGGGUUCAAGCUAUCUGAACUCCCCGGCCCAGAAGCCCUUCUCGAGCCAGGCAAGACGGACGGGCAGACGAAGCUGGUCCGCCGCGGCACCAACGUCAAAUGCUACUCGUGGAGCAUGGCCGAGAACACGUGGAACGAGAUCGGUGACGUCAUGGGGGCCAAUCCCCCCUCAGAGGGAAAGACCAUGUACCAGGGGAAGGAGUACGACUUCGUAUUCAGCGUAGACAUAAAGGACGGAGCGCCGGCAAUAAAGUUGCCCUACAACAAGACUGAAGACCCCUGGGUGGCCGCGCAAGCCUUCAUACACGAACACAACCUACCUCAAGUAUAUUUGGACCAAGUUGCGAACUUUAUUAUAACGAACGCUAAGUUGGAUACACUGCCAGCCCCCAGCAACGGAUUCGCGGACCCGCUGACAGGCGAGUCCCGCUACGUCCCCGGCACGGCGGCGGCGCGUCGACCAGCCGGUCUACCGCCACCACAAGCCGCUGACCCAUUCACUGGCUCUGGAGCCUAUACCACCAGUGCUGCCAAUACUGAAAAGGCGCUUAUUCCACAUGAUUCUUACAUUAGAUUCGACCAAGCCAACCUGAAAGCGAUACACGACAAGUUAAGAGAGUUCAACAGCAAAGUCGGUGAUGGACUGAAUGCGCUGACACACGAACAGCUAGAGAAUAUUGUUAAAUUAGGAGAAUUGAAUAGUACUCACAGCUUUGAAACCGUUACGUUAUUGAAGAAAAUGUUAGAAUGGCCCAAAGAAAUCCUGUUCCCAGUGUUGGAUGUGACCAGGCUAGCAGUUAGGAACAAAGAAUUGAACGGACAAAUAUUCGACACCACGUACGGACCUACUUUCAUCAAGUACCUUCUGUCUCUAUUGGCUCCAGACAACAUGCCAGCGAACCAGAUGCUAGCGAUGCGCGUGCUAGUUAACGCGUUCUGCGACCUGCCCGGGGAGAUGUUGGUGCUAGCCGCUAGAGAGAGUGUGGUGCAUUGCAUCAUGUGUCUCUCGCACCUCAACAAUAAUGCUCAGAUCGCGGCGGCAUCCUUACUACUGAAUCUGUCAGUUGCGCUGGCGCAACAGGCCGACAACGUGGAGCUGGCCGACGGACUCAUACAUCUGCUCACCAGGAUCACUGACAACGAAGCUUAUUUCCGAGGCCUGGUCGCGCUCGGCACCCUCCUAGCGGAGUCCCCAAACAAGCUGCAGAUCCAAUCCAAGAUAGUCUCCAACACACAGCUCCACAACCGCCUGAAGAAGGACUGUGCCUCCACCGACCCGAGCCUCGCUAAAAUCACACAGUGCUCCCAACAGAUCGCUCGACUGUUAUAAUAAGGCUGAUAUUUAUUAAAUAGCUAUUAAAUAUUAAUUUGUUAAAAGUGCUGAUUUGAUUUGGUAGUCGUGAAUUUGGUUUGGGGGUUACACGCAUUGGUAUAUUCAAAAUUCAAAAAUAUCUUUAUUCAGUAGGUAACAUCGUCAUUUUUUACGUAACGAACGUCGUCCGCCUAAAACUACUGCAGCUUCUCAACCUGUAUAGCCAGGGAAAAGAAACUGCAAGAAAAACCUCGGCACAGGGCACUAGACAUGCCAUAGUAAUAUGUUUAGCCUAUCGCUUUUAGCGCCUAGCUAUUAGCUCGCUCAUAAUACAAUCGUUUUGAACCGAGUCGUUAGUUUAUUGCCGUAGUUGGGACGUUAGUCUGUCUCCCUCACACUUAUUAAACUUAUAAACGCAAGCGCAAUAAUGACGUACAUAAUAUUUCCAAAAAUCAGGUUUAUAUACAAUCAGGCAUGUACAAAUGCGUGUUAGCCAUAUCACUCGAACCAAAUAUUCAUAACUUACUCUCACACUAGGGUACAGUGUAGAUACAUUAAUGUAUUUACUGUAAAGAUUGAACGAGAUCUGUCAGCACCUUAUAACACUUUCCUAUGGUUCUAUCUCUUUCUGUUAUUCAGAAUCGUUAUUUGUUAGAGCGAGAGCGACCGCACGCAGCGGAAUCGACGAGGUAGUAGCGGUAAAACUCUCUCGCUUUAGCAAAUGAUAGUAUUGAGUAACAGAAAAGGAUAGAAAGAAAAGUUCGGAGGUGCUGACAGAUGGGAAUGAGCCCUUUAAUAGAUAUAUCGCGGGAAACGCGACAAGCUUGCGUUACAUUUUGUACGCUAGAGUAGAAACAGAACGCCUUACAAUAAAAGCAAUAAAUAAUUCCUCUAAAUAAUAGUUGAGUCUCCAAUGAAACGACGCUUAUUGUAAUAAAAAAAUAUUUAAUUCAAUUAUAAUACUUUACAUAUGAAUGUACAUGAAUGUCACAGCAGAAAUAAAUUUUAUACAGCAAUAAUAACAUAAUAUUUAA